AAAAUAGCCCUUAUUUAAGGUUGUUUUUGGCUUUGCUAUAAUUUGGUGAAGUGGUCAAUCAUAGAUGGCGACGCGUGAGACUACACACAUCGUUCAGAGACGUUCUUUACCAAAGUACUUCCCGACAUAUGUGAUCAGAACCCACAAUAUCAAACUCCCAAAGACUUUGUUGCUCAUGGAACCAAAAAGGAGGAUGUACGAGACGAAGCACACAUCGUUUAUGGAAGGAUGGUAGAGUGAACUAUUAUGAAGGGUGGAAAAUGUUGGAAAUAGUUUCGUUUUUAAUUUCAUCAAAUUUGGCCGCACUCUUCUUUUUGGAGCACUAAAGUUCGAUUUCUCGGUGCGAAAAAUGGUGAAUCGUCCAGCAUUCUUCAAGUUUUACGUGCCUUGGCUUGGUGAAGAAAAUCAGAAAAUCCCUCCAAGGUUUAUUCAAUCGCUUCCAGGAAACUGGCCAAAGAAUUGGUCACUUCGUGACCGUUAUAACAAUUUGUGGAAUGUGAAAGUGGAAAUGAUUGGUGGUGAUUGGUAUUUUAAAGAUGGUUGGGCAAAAUUUGCUGAUGAUAAUAAGAUAAAAGGAGGUGAUAUGUUCAUAUAUGAAUAUUUCUCUCACGGUUUACUCGACUUCAAAAUUCAUGGAGGCAAUGCUUGCUUAACUGAAGGAGCUGGAGGUCGGAUUACUCAUACACCCGAUUAUGGUCCAAUCGGUGAAGUAGAGACACAUGAGAAUCAUGACGAUAAUGACGGUCAUGAUUCCCCGCCCGAAGAAGAGAAUCCAAGGAAUGAUUAUGAUUCCCCGCCCGAAGAAGAGAAUCCAAGGGAUGAUCAUGAUCAAAUUCAAGGGGGGCGAGUCACGGAUGGUGCGGCCUGUUCUAGCAUAGCAACCAGUCGCCGCGACUGGUACGGUGUAGAGCUCAUGAAAACCGGGUUCAUUCCACCUCGCCAGAAUCCGUAUUUCGUGACCAAAAAACGAAGAGGCAGAGCUUUUGAACUAUUUAUACCUAUGGAUGUGAUCCAACGCUACAACCUGAGACUCCCUGAGAACGUGACGCUCAUCGACCCAAAUGGAAGGCAGUUUCACGCCAAACGCAAGAUGUGGACGGACCGGAGGAUGUUCUACACCGGAGGUUGGAAAAUCCUUUGUGAUCAGAACAUGGUGGAAGACAAAGACUCGUGCAUCUGCGAGUUCUUGUAUAACGCCGACAAUCUAUGCAUCAGCGUAAGCUUCUUUCCCCCAAAAUAGCAGCAAUGCUUGAAUGGAGGAGUGGAUUAGAUUCGUAUUGAGGAGUUCACAUUUGUAUAGUUUCAGAGGCAUUGUUAAGCAUCUGAGUUAUUCUUUGUAGUAUAUGAUUUUAGGGAGUAUUUGUUAUUCCAAUCAAUAAAAUGGUGCGAUUUUACCACCAACAGUGUUUCCAAGUCUAAUGGUUUGCAGUCGCUUGCACUAAAUGUCACACAAAAAAUAAUACUAUUUGAAACAUUUUAUUUUGUUUUAGUAAUUUCAAUUA